ACGAAAUAGACGUCUCCUCUAUAGGUCACGGCCAGUGUAUAAUCCCCACUAGCAGGGCCACGAUUUGCUAGUGUAUAACCCCCACUAGCUGGGUUGAACGAACCAGCUCUCUCACUAACAUGUCGACAUGUGCUAGUGUUUAUAACCUCCCCCACUAGUAGGGUCACGAAUAACAUGACCAAAUCGGAGACAAAACAGGCAGAAGUUAACAGGAAAAUCACAAUUCACAAUCACUUUCAGAUCAUCAGGACAGUCACUUAAAUUUCAAGUAGGUAUGCUCAAUUUAAUGAAAAGCAUAAAACAUUUUACUUCAAAUCAAUCAUGCUCGUGUAAAACGAGUUUAGUCCCACCACCACUUCAAAAACAAAUCAAAACAUGCUUUUAAAACAGUACGGGCAUUACCAUAAAUUACUUACCUCACUCGCAUAAAACCGAGCACUCAAUUUCAGUGCUAAUUGGCAGAACGAUCGGGAACCUAAUCAAAAUAUUUCAAGAAU